CCACUGUGCCACUGUGAGUGGAUGUACAGAUACUCUAGAGAUAUUACGACAACAUCACGUGGAUCUAUGGGCGCCCAACCUCAAGGGAGACCAACCUCUUCAUGAGGCAGCACAGUCGGGCCAUCUGGGGCAAGUACUACAGCCCGUACGACGCUGCUCUCAUCAAAGGUCACUCAGAGGCCAAGGACGUUCUGGUGGGUGCCGGGGGUCGUCCGGGGUCGGAGGUGACGAGCCAUGCCGCCCAGACGAUACAGCUGAGCUACCGGUACCACAAGAAGAGGAAGAGCAAGUCGGGCGGUGAGCGGGCCAGUAGUGGGAAGUCUGCAGGGAGAAAGGUCAAGAAAGGAGGGAAGGAGAAGGAGAAGAAGGAGAAAGAAGAGGACAACUCCUCUACGUCAUCGAAAAAACAGAUAGAAGAGAAAGAGAAGACAGCUGAGAAAGAAGAGGAGGAGGUUGAAAAAUCGGAAGCUCAAAUCGUUAAAGACGAAGACACUGGAGAGGAGAAAGUCGACUUGUCAGCAGCGCCGCCUCAUGUAGCUGUGCCAACAGACGCACACCAACAAGAACACACCGAUGAACACAGUGCUGAACAAAGUGACCACCAGGAGACCGCCGAGUACGGCUCCACAGGCCCGGAGUACGUAGAGCGCGGCACACAGGUCACGUCUGUAGCUCUCAAGGCUGAGUUGUCCAACGUAAAAGAGGAGGAAAACCAGGGGAACGUGACAAAAGGGAAGACCAAGACCAAAAACUCCGCUGACGUGAAGGGGAAACGAAAAGAUAAAACCGGAUCAGCGAAAACUUCCCCGGAGAAACAAGGAGAUACUAAGGCGUCUGAUGAAAAGGUUGAGGACAAAGAUCCCGAGUCCACAUCGCCUGCAGCGACAUCUGAAGCAGCUACUGCGACAGGCGUGAGUCAAACCAGAACCGAGGGAGACACGAGACUCAACGGUGGGGAGUCGUAUGAAUCUCAAGGAGACGACACACGUCAUCAGACGGCAGCGACUGCCGGUCCCGACAGCCAAUCAGAGAGCGAGGAAUCUCACUCGGCGCGCUCUUCCUCUCACGGAAACGUUUCCGACAUCGAGUCGUCGAGCAGUGACGUCAUACGGCGCACUCGGGUUGUCCGGAAAUCCCCGAUUACCCGCAGCGCGAGGUACCCGGCCUCCAAACAGCGGGCUCGUGCUCAUACGGCCAAGGCCGCUAGUCCUGCGGGGAAGAAGCAAACGUCCUCAGACAGCUCAGAAAAGGCUUUCGCUGAAAAACAAAAAUCGGAGAAUGACAACUCUCGUAAAGAUCAACACGACAGCGGUAAAGAAGACGCGGAAGUGAAUAAGCGCACAACGCCCGUAGACGAAACGAAACCCCACGAACGCAACAACAACAACAGUAACGAUAACGACAAAAGUGCUGAAAAGACGAGCCUUAGAGACAGCGAUAAAGACGACAGGAGUCUCAACAAGACCGCAGUUGUCCCUCCCAUACGGACCUCACGCGACUCCGCGUCCCCUACUGCCAUGGGAUCUGCCAACGCCAAACCUACGACUGCUGCUGCCGACGAAAAGGCCCAAACGAACGGCCAUGACUCCGAAGUGUCGGGUAAGAAAUCGGACAGAAAGUCUGAACAUAAAGAGGAUUACAGUAGCGGUUCUGACAGUCGGAAAAAAGACACGUCUAUACCGCCUCUGAAGAUCUCCAAAGAUUCUAAAAACAAAAGUGCCAUGCGGAACAAGCGCCCCGGAAAUGAAAAGAAGGGUCAACUGAGAGCGCCAGCAGGCAGUUCCAAGAAAGACCAUUACAGUAGUAGCUCUGACGGCCUUCACCUUGAUAUUGACCGUGACCCCCCAACAGAUCAGAGGUUAGAGCCGGCGACGGAGAAGAAAAGAAGCCUAGCGGACAAGGGGGAUCGGAACCCUCGCACACGGGCUCAGUGCAGAGUUUCCCUCGACCACACCCACAACAAAGACGUCGCGAGAUGACGACACUGGAGGAACGCACGCCCAGGGGCGAUGAGAACUCCCCGCAUGGCAACGGAGUCCUUAGCAACCACAGCAGCAACAACACCACGGCGAGGAACAACAACAACAACAACAACAACAACAACAACAACAACAACAAUUACAAUAACACGCGGCUCAGCAGGGCUCAGACUGCACACGGGCGGAUAAAUCUGCACAGAGAGUGAGUGUGGGGAAAUAUUUACUCAGUAGCUUCCCUUUGUAUAUAAUUUGUCUACCGUACGUGAAGAGGACACAACUCAUACAUUGUAUUCUUAUUGUUAACUAGCUGGACCCCUUUUCAAUGACAGG